AUGGUCAAGCCUUGCCCUCAAACCCGAGCCGUCCAGCGGCGACGGUUGGUUUCUCGACGCAGCACUCGCAGCGGCACUCGGAGGCGCAACAACGCAGCUUCCAACGGGUCCUCGAACGGGAACGGCGGCGGCAGUGGCAAUGGUGGGGGGAAUGACGACGGCAGCGAGAGUGGCGCGGAGAACGGCGAGAGUGGCGGCGAGAGUGGUAACGGCAACGGCGGCGAGAGUGGCGGGGAAAUGGCGGAAUGGGUAGCGAUGAACGUACGGAGAUCACAAAAGCUGGAGAAAGCAGCAAAGAUAGUGGUCCCCAAGAUCAAAGCAUCGGCAGAAUCGGGCGAUGAAGGUCACGACGGAAAGGCCUCUUGGGGUUUAGGGAUGAUAGAGCAGAGCUUACGAAAACGACAGAUUCUACCUAGCAAGGCGCACGCGUUGGGCAGGCGAUCUAGCCGAAUGCAAAAUGUGUUCGGCCCAGAGAACCGCUAA